CAACCAAACCUAUUUCCUCACAAAACGCGUGACGUCAUCCGCUGUAAUAGAUCCGCUGCACUGUUCUUUGGGGCGAAGCUAUAAAAGCAAAUGCUGUUUUGAGGUGUAUUUCUCUCGAGCUCUUAUUACAGGACAGAAGUAAAAAAUCACUGCAAAGAAAUGGCAGAAUCAGCAGCAAGUCGGUUUGUGGAUCAGUUCAGCUGUCCAGUCUGUUUGGAUGGACUGAAGGAGCCGGUGACGAUUCCCUGUGGACACAGUUACUGUAUGAGCUGCAUUACUGACUGCUGGGGCCAGAAGGAGCAGGGGCCGCCGUACUGCUGUCCCCAAUGCAGAGAGAGCUUCAGUCAGAGACCUCUACUGAAGAAGAACACUCUGAUAGCAGAGAUGAUGGAGACGCUGCAGAAGACGUCUCUACAAACGGCUGCUGUGGAGUGUGAUGUUUGCACUACAGAGAAGAGCAGAGCUGUUAAGUCCUGUCUGCAGUGCUUGGCCUCCUUCUGUCAAACUCACCUGCAGCUUCACUAUCAAUCUCCUGCGUUUAUGAAGCACAAACUAGUGGAAGCCUCUAGAAAUAUUCAGGAGAACAUCUGCCUCAGUCAUGGGAAACUUCUGGAGAUUUACUGUCAGGACGACCAUCAGUGCAUUUGUUGUUUGUGUACUGAUGAUCAUAAAGGACACAGUGUGGUGUCUGUGGAUUCAGAAUGGACUAGGAAAAAGGAAGAGUUAAAGGAGUUAAAAGAGACGUGCCUCAAACUGGUCCAGGAGCGAGAGAGAGGGAAGCAGGAACUCGGCGACGCUCUGAAACUUCUUAAAAGUUCAGCGCUAGAAACGAUGGAGAACGUCGAGAAGGUCUUCACUGAGCUCAUCUGCUCUCUUGAGAAGAAACGCUCUGAGAUUAAAGAGCAGAUCAGAGCUCAGGAGAAGACUGAGAUAGAUCGAGCAGAGGAACUUCACAGACAUCUGGAUCAAGAGCUGACAGAACUCAGAAAAAGACAAGCUGAGAUUGAAAAACUUCUGAUUACUGAGGAUCAGGUCAAUUUUCUGAAGAGCUGUCAAUCUGUGUGUGUUUUACCGACAUUUGAAAACGUUCCCAUCACUCAGCACACUCACCUGUAUUUUAAAGAUGUUUCAAUCUCAAUAUUUAAGGAGGUUUUGGAGGACGUCUGUCAACAACAAACAGCGAAAAUAUCACAACAAGUGUCAAAAGUCUGUGUUGCCAAGACCCAAAAUGAUUUUUUGCAGUAUUUCUGUGAUCUUCACCUGGAUCCAAACACUACAAACAAUGCCCUCAAACUAUCUGAGGACAACAGGAAAGUAUCAUUUACAUAUAAAAAACAGCAUUAUCCUGAUCACCCGGAGCGAUUUGAUAGAUAUGUGAAUGUCAUGUGUCGAGAAGGUUUGUGUGGUCGUGGUUACUGGGAGGUCGAGUGCACUGGAAAGCAAUGGGCUGUAGCAGUUUGUUACAAAGGAAUUGGACGUAAAGGAGACAGUGAUGAGUGUAGACUUGGUGACAACAAAAAGUCCUGGCGUUUCAGCUUUUAUCUACAAAAUUUCUAUUUCACACAUGACAAAAAGAAAGUCUCAGUCCCUGCUGUCUGCUCCUCUAGAGUAGGAGUGUAUCUGGAUCAUGGAGCAGGAUCUCUGUCCUUCUACAGUGUCUCUGACAAAAUGACCCUCCUUCACAGAGUCCAGACCACUUUCACUGAACCCUUAUACCCUGCGUUUUUUGCUGGCUAUGGCUCAUCUGUCAGGAUCAUAGAAGAGCAGAGUUUAAAAAUAUAAUUCAUCAGAAAAUAUUAAAUACAAUAUUUUAGGGCAUUGGUUCCCUUGUUCCUGGAGGCCCUUCAACACUGCACAUUUUUUGCGUCGUUCCUUUGUUAGACACACUCAAUUCAGAUCUAAGGAAACUUAUAAUGUUGGGGGGCCUUCAGAAACGUGGUUGGGAACCACUGGCUCAGGGCAUCCAUUUGGCAGGUGUGGCACUAGGACGGGGCUUAAUGGGGGGUAUAGCUCCAACAGAAACUUGAAACGCAAACGCACAAGUGUAAACGUAUCAGUCUGAAGUUCAGGAUGGAGAGGAAUAACUGCUGUCUGUCUUCACCAUACACUGUAUAAAAGGUCGUCACACAGAGUAGCAACUCUUAAAAAAAUAACUUAAGGAAAUAGUUUUAUGAAUUGUCUGAAAUAUAUCUUUUGUAAAAAAAAAAAAAAAAAAGAAAUUGAAUUUACGUUUUCCUGCAAUGACACUUGAUGGUCAAAAAAUGUGUAAAUAAAUGCAUAAUAUAUAAAUAUAAAAUAAAAAAACAUUACAUCGUAUUUUAAGUAAAAUAUCACAACAUAAACAAGAACAUAACAUUUGAUAAAUGUACAUCGGAUACAUCGCAGAAUAGUUUGAAAUCAACAAUUUAGAGCUUGACUAGUGACUGGUCACAAGGUCUAAAGAACAUAUUGAUUUUUUAUUAA